GGAAAAACUGGAAGCGGUGGUACAUGAGCCAUAUUAAAGCAUCAUUCCUUAUUUAGGUGUUUUUAUUCUCGUCGGGCAGAUAAAACCGGCAUUUUGACGGUCAGCAGCUGACUAGGGCCGUUAGGACCUGGCUGUGCCAACCCAGCAGCGGACAGCAGCUCCAUUUCUGCCCGUUUCGGCUCCCGCGCUGGUUUCUGCCCUUCCACGUCAACACGGCCGUUUCGUCUGAAUGGAAAUCGAUAUUCUUGAUUCUUUAGAGGACCUCGGGUAUCAGGGUCCUCUGUUGGAGGAUGGAGCUCUACAAUUGGCACUCAGCGGUGGAGCCAAGUCGCCAGAGUUUACCAAGCUGUGUGCCUGGCUCGUCUCAGAGCUCAAACUCUACUGCAAGCUGGAGGAGAACGUGCACGCCACCAACUGUCCAAGCGAAGCAGAGGGUUUCCAGCUGGAGAUGAGUGGUCUACUGACCGAACUGGCCUGUCCAUAUUCCUCUCUCACCUCUGGAGACGUCACUCAGCGCCUGCUCAACGCCAACAACUGCCAGCUGCUGCUCACAUUUCUGAUCUCGGAGCUGGAGGCUUCCAGGAUGGUGCUGGUGAGCCACCCCCAGAAGAAAGCACAGGACACUGGUGGUAGUACAGGGGCCAGUGAUCUCUUCAUGGAGCUUAAGGGGAUUUGUGUGGCUCUGGGCAUGUCUAAACCUCCUGCCAACAUCACCAUGUUCCAGUUCUUCAGCGGCAUUGAGAAGAAGCUGAAGGAGGCUUUAUCCAAAGUCCCUCCUUCUCAUGUUGGGGGACCCCUUCUGAAGAAGCCCCUUGGUCCACUGCACUGGGAGAAAAUUGAAGCAGUCAACCAAGCGCUUGUGAACGAGUAUGAAGUCAGGAGAAAAAUGUUGCUGAAACGUCUGGAUGUGACGGUUCAGUCCUUCGGCUGGUCAGACAAAGCAAAGACUCGAGCUGAAAAGCUGGCAAAAGUGUACCAGCCCCUCCGCUCGGCGCUUGGCUUUAAGAGCAAAGUGUGUGUGGCCCACCUGCUGGCUGCCAGAGAAGACUUAUCAAAGAUCCUGCGCACGAGUAGCGGCCACAUCAGAGAAAAGACCGCCUGUGCCAUUAACAAGGUUUUGAUGGGUCGUGUUCCUGACCGAGGGGGUCGACCCAACGAGAUCGAGCCCCCGCCUCCAGAAAUGCCCACUUGGCAGAAACGGCAAGAUGGACCACAAGGGGGCGGUGGAGGACAACAUUAUGGUGGUGGUGGUGGAAGAGGAGGAGGUGGCGGCAGAGGCGGCUAUGAGCAGCACCAGGGGGGCAGGGGAGGGGGGGGCAGAGGAGACAGAGGGGGUAAGGUACAGGGAGGGUGGUCAGAUGGCACUGGUGGUGGUGGAGGUGGAUACCGCGGUCAUUACCAAGAUGGAGGAGGAUAUCAGGGAGGUGGUGGAGGAAGAGGAGGAGGAGGAGGAGGAGGAGGAUAUGGAGGAGGUGGCUACCAGCAGGGCCCGGGAUACUACCAGGGAGGCCAGCAAGGCUACCAAGGAGGAGGCUAUCAGGGAGCUCAGCAAGGGCCAGGCUACCCGGGAGGAGGCUACCACGGUGGGGGUGGACAUCAGGGCAGAGGUGGUGGCUACCAGCAUGACGGCCACUAUCAAGACGGAGGUCAGCAGCAAGAUAGAGGAGGCAGGGGUGGCCGUGGAGGGAGGGGAAGAGGAGGUAGAGGGGGAGGGGGUCAAGGCGGAGGCUGGGGAGGAAGAGGAGGGCAGAAUUUUAACCAAGGCGGGCAGUUUGAGCAGUACUUCCAGCAAGGUGGACACCAGUACAGCCAGGCAGGCUUCGGGCAGGGCAGACAUUAUACCAGCUGAGGGACAGCCUUCAUCAGUCCCGGCUGCAUUGGUCAGAGAGGGUCAUCAGGAGAGAGAAAAGCCUAGAGAAGUGCAGGUCAGCGCAAAGACAGACUGUUCCAAUGAUCUAGUUCCAUAUGUCUGUCUUCUUGGGAACGGCCUGAUUGAGAUUUUGAACGAACACUGUGUGCUUUCUUGCAUGCGUGUGGUUGCCAACCAACAAGCUCGUGUUCUUACUAGACCUUUCCUAACAGUUAAGCUCAUUCUCAAGGAGCGUGUGGCCGAGUUGCCAACCGUGUGUCCGUCAGCCCUUUGGGCCGCGCGAGACGUUUCGACGCCGCAUGAGAUCUUAACAUCGCCCCAGUUAGAUCACCUGCUUGAGCUGCGCUGCUCUGGUGUUGUUUCUGAGAAAAUAAGCCUUAUAAAUUUUGGGGGACAUCUGUUGUUACUCUAGUUUUAUUUAUUGACAUACACCUUAAGCUCAUAUCACCAUUCUCGAAUACUUUCAGCCAAUCAUAUAGUGUUAUUGAAAACGAUCAAUACUUGAAAAUGAAGCUUUGUUUUGGUUGGGUUUUUUCCCCUUUUUACUUUGUGUUGGUUUACAGUUACUCCUCCUGAGAAGCGGAAGAUAAAGUGAGGUAGAAAAGCCUUCUGGUCAUCUGGUGUAUGAGUGUUACUGUUUCAUGUGAGUGGGAGGAACAAAUUGCCUCAUUUAAUUUGAAGAACCCAAUGCUGCUUGUUGGAGGACUGCGUUCCUUUUUGGAGAAAGGUUUGAAUGCGUAUGAAUGCUGUGAGCAAUAAAGCAGAGUGUGAUAAACUGUC